AUGCCAAUAUUAGGUCUUCAACCAUUUGUGGACUUGUUUGAUGAUGACGAUGCAGUGUCUUUCUUGAAAAAAUUCCUUUCAAGGAGAGGUCGAACCGCGACAGGAGACAAAAAGGCUACACCAUCUACAAAGCUGGGGUUUACUGACUUCAAUCCUAAUUAUGAGCAAGGUGCGGAAGGCAGUGAGGAGCCUCUCAAUGUCGACGUCAUUGCUAUCCACGGCCUCAAUGGACAUCCUACGGGCUCAUGGACGGGACUUGAUUCAAAAUCAUUGUGGUUGAGGGAUUCCCUGCCCGAGGAAUUGCCAGGUGCUCGGAUUUUCUCUUACGGCUACCCAGCCGACAUCGUGUUCAAUCCAUCAAAGGCGACCCUUUAUGAUUUAGCUGUAGGAUUUGUCUCGAGCCUGAUGACGAAAAGACUACCGAGGCAAAGGCGUCCGAUUAUCUUUGUCGCACAUAGUAUGGGAGGAAUCAUUUGCAAGAAGGCUCUAAUACUAGCCCUCAACGACCCAUACUACCGACCAAUCUUAGAAGAUUGCGCUGCAGUAUUGUUCUUUGGUACACCUCAUAGAGGAUCUGAAUUGUCUGGUAUUGGCGGUAUCGCCGCAGACAUUUUCAAUCUUGCUCUUUUCGUCUCCGGUAGCGGUAUGAUGACCGGCCGAGCUAGGGAAGACCUGAUCAGAAGCCUUAACCCUCGCUCUCGAGAGCUUCUAGAAAUCAACCGUGAUUUUCGACAAGUCGCCGACAAAUUCCGCAUCCUAUCUUUCUAUGAAACAGAAGAGACUACUCCCUUGGGAAAAUUGGUUGUUAACCAGACCUCUGCCAUACUAAGUUUGCCAGGGGAAGAGGAUAUGCCAAUUCAUAGGAAUCACCGAGACAUGAUUCGUCUGGCGAAAGGGGAGCAUGACUAUGAUAAUGUGGUGCAACGAUUGCAGAGUCUAAGUCACGACGCUUGUUACGAGUCGCCAAUGGAGGAAUCAGAGAAGACCAUUGUCCAAUCUUUGCACGCUGUCGACAUCUCUGAUUACUACCUGAGCUUGCCGGGUGCUGCAAGCGGCACUUGCAAAUGGCUUUUUGACCAUCCCUGUUAUAUAAAGUGGCAACAGCAAUGCGAUGAUGCGAUAUUGUGGAUGAGUGGUCAUCCGGGAUCUGGUAAGACUGUCAUGACCUCUUUUUUGGUGAGCACAUAUAUCGAACAGGGGCGUGCGGGCAAACUUUCCGCUGGAGUAUGCUUCUUCCUCUGCAACGAAGAUCUAAACGAGCAAAAUGACGCCAGAGCAAUUCUCCGCAGCCUCAUAUUUCAAAUACUUACUGAGCAUCGAGGGUUUAUCAAUCAUCUCAAGCAAGCUAUUGACAGAGCUCAAGGGAGCCCCCACUUGGUGGGCUCUUUUGACAGGUUAUGGCAAUUAUUUGAAGAUAUUUUAGAGGACCAAAGGCUGGGGUCCAUGUACAUUAUCAUUGAUGCUUUGGAUGAAUGUCGCGCGACGACUCGGCUCAAAUUGCUUCAAAAUAUAGCAAAGCUCCUAAGUAAACCAAGAAAGUCUUCGGCUUGCAAGGUCAAGUUGUUCGUUAGCUCUCGGCCAGACGUGCGAGUGAGCGGAAUUUUACCAAAGUCUAAAGUUUUCCAUAUUUCUCUCGAAGAGACAAGGAAAGAGACGGAUCUUGACCUUGAGCUGUUCAUUACACAAAGAGUCAACAAUAUAGGAGAGCGAUUUCAAGCAAGUCGUACAACCGCCGACUCAACCAAACAGGCUCUGAUUCAGAAUGCCGAUCGCACCUUUCUCUGGGCCAACUUUGUGCUACAGAUCUUGGACGAAGAACUUCGGGCGACUCCCCGGGAUUGGGCGCGUAUAGUUCAAGAGCUCCCAAAGGAUCUAGAAGAUGUCUACCUCAGGUUUCUCCAGCGCAUCUUGGACUCAGAUCUAUCUGGCGUAAUGGAUAUAUUGCAAAUGAUGGUUGUCAGUCGCAGACCUUUGCAUCGCAAUGAACUAAACAUUGUUUGUAAUAUGCCAGAGGCAGUAGCGCAAGGAUGUCGAGAUGUCUCAUCUUUGAGAGAUUCUUACCUAUCACAGAAUAUGGACCUCUACUUGCGAGUAGUCCUAGGCCCCCUGGUAAGAAUCAGCGAUGACAAGGUUUACUUUGUGCACCUGUCUCUGAAAGAAUUCUUGUCCGGUCCUGCUCUUCGCUCAGAAAGCAGGGCGCAAUAUCAAAAAUACCACGUGGAGAUAGCCAAAGCGAAUCUUCUAGCGACAAAGGUGUGCACGGAGUACCUAUCAUUGGACGACUUUGACGUAGACCUGUUCUCAUCCAGAACAUCCACUAUGAAUGAGAAUUCGCCAGUACCCUCCGAAUCUCCUGCAAAUUCGAAUAAUGAUGAGGACGGUUGGAUGAAUGGACUAAGUAUUUUUGGGACAAACAUCUUACAAGACUUCAGCGAGAGAGUAGCAGACCGAUGCGACCACCUUGAUAAGCGUUUCGAAUUUUUUGACUAUGCUUCCAGAUAUUGGGCAAAACAUCUUUCCCAAAGUCAAAACAUAUCAUCCAAGCUGUUGCAAAGCGAAGCAAUGGAACUCUUAAACAGGAAAGGUUCGUUUCGCUCCUCAAAUUGGGCUCAGUACUAUGCUGCCUUCACAUGGCCGGAAAAAGUUUGGCCGAGCGAGCUUGCAUUUAUCGAGACUAUUUGCUACUUUGGUCAUAUUGUCCUGCUUCAAGAUUACUUAGAAAGAUGCAAGACCAGCCUGGGAAACCUUCAAUUUGGUCUCUAUUGGGCAGCCUCAGAAGGUCAUGCUGCAACUGUUCAGCGAUUACUACAAACGAAUAUAGACCCGAAUUCAACGUAUACCGACCGAUCACCGCUUUGUACUGCGGCCGCUGCAGGACACCUCGAGGUUGUCAAACUCCUUACGGGUGCUUCUCAAGUAGACGUAAAUUUCAGAGGCCAUCACGAUAGUACGCCAAUCGCUGAAGCAGCGACAAACGGUCAUCAGGAGAUUAUAGAACAUCUUCUAGCACAGAUCCAGACUGUCCCGGACAUCACAGACCACAAUGGGCAUACCCCUCUGAUCAAAGCAGUGUGGGGCCGGCACGAGCUUAUCGUACGCCAUCUACUAGCUGAUGAGCGAGUACAAGCAAAGCUUGAAGACAACAGCGGCAAUACUCCUCUUUCUUACGCAGUCAUUGAGGGUAAGAUUGAGGUAGUUCGAAUGUUGAAGAAGGAUCCUAGCGUCGACCCUGAUCAUGUCAACAGGAAAGGCCGCACCCCUUUUUCAUUAGCUGCAGGAGAGGGCCACGUUGAGAUUCUCCGAAUUUUGAAAGGAUGCAAGUCAACGAAAGCCAAAGACAAUGAAGGACGAAAUGCGUAUUCAUGGGCUGCUUCAAGAGGCCACGUUGAUGCAAUCAAAGCAAUGGAUAAGUGGAAGGUUUUUGGCAUCGACGAACCUGACAAAAGCGGCUGGACCCCUCUAUUCUGGGCUCUUGAGCCACAGGGUUAUUUGACUAUGCUCGGCUUGCUCGACUCUGGCUCUGUAAACAUUAGCCGUACAGAUCAUGGUGGUAGGACUGUCCUGGAAUGGGCUCAUGGCUAUCAAGGCAAAGAGAAGUUCCUGCAAAGCUGGUUACGGAACAAGACCGUUGAAACCAUCAAUGCUUGA